UUUUCUCUGUCAUUCGUUGUGCACCCGAGCUAGAAGUGCAGACCUUCGCUUCUGCAAAUCGCGUUCAGCGGAUUACAAAUUAUUUCUAAAUCUAGGUCUAAAUCGGCCUAAGUCGUCCAACUCCAGCCGCUGCCGACAGCAUCAGCAUCAAGCGAUGGCUCUCCGUUUGUUCCGCCUCAGCCAGGAUGUGGUAUCUCCGAUUAUCAAGCGCGGAUGUACCGCGUCCGCGUUUGAGCUGCAGCACAAGAAUCCGCUCCAGCGCAAAGUCGAUAAGAUUCCAAAGGCUCAUUACGGUGGACGUCACACGGUGACGAUGCUGCCGGGAGGUGGAAUCGGACCGGAACUGAUGAACUACGUCAAGGAAGUGUUUCGGUUUGCUGGGGUGCCGGUGGAUUUUGAAGUCGUCGAUAUUGAUCCGGCUAGCGAGGGCAACGAUGAUUUGGAGUACGCCAUCACUUCGAUCAAGCGGAAUGGCGUUGCUCUGAAGGGAAAUAUCGAAACAAAAUCGGAAGCGACCGGAAUUAUCUCCCGUAAUGUUGCCCUUCGUAACGAGUUGGAUCUGUUUGUGAAUGUGUUGCAUUGUAAGUCGUUCAAUGCUAUCCCGGCCCAUCACCAGAAUGUGGAUGUGGUGAUUGUUCGACAGAACACCGAGGGCGAGUAUGCUAUGUUGGAGCACGAGAGCGUGAGGGGGGUAGUGGAGAGCAUGAAGGUGAUCACGGUGGAGAAUGCCGCCCGAGUGGCUCGAUAUGCCUUUGAGUUUGCCCGAGCCAACAACAGAAAGAAGGUAACCACCAUCCACAAGGCCAACAUUAUGAAGCUGGCCGAUGGGCUGUUCCUGAGCGUGGCACGAGAAGUUGCCAAGGAGUAUCCGGAUAUCCAGCAUAAUGACAUGAUCAUCGAUAACUGCUGUAUGCAGCUGGUUUCCAACCCGCACCAGUUCGAUGUGAUGAAUACGACCAACCUGUACGGCAGUAUCACCUCGAAUGUGCUGUGUGGACUGGUUGGCGGUGCUGGGCUAUUCUCCGGAAGGAACUAUGGGGAUCACUACGCCGUAUUCGAGCCGGGCACCCGCAACACCGGUACUGCCAUCGCCGGUAAGAACGUUGCCAACCCGAUUGCAAUGCUGAACGCUGCCGUUGAUAUGCUGUACCAUCUGGGUCACAACUAUCACGCCGACUGUAUCUCCGAUGCCAUCCACAAGACAAUCGAUGCCGAUGGUAUCCACACGCCAGAUCUGGGCGGACAAAAUACCAGCACGGAGAUCGUGCAGAACGUUCUGCAGCAUCUGGCCGAGAAGAGAACCUACUGAUUGAGAUAAGCGAACUUGAACGGUCCGUUCUUGUCCGCGCUCAGUGCACUUGAGUCUGUUUCUGUUUUAUUUAUAUUGCGUUGCUAAGACCUCAUAAAAAUCAAAAGAAGAAAAAAAUCUGCACUCAUCCUAUAGCAAGCUACCGCGCGACAGAACAACUACCGUAUUUACUAUUUGCGCUUCGUUCACUUUGGUGUUGAGAGUUUGUUUGGUAAAAGCUUUGAAGUAAAACAUAAAUGUUCCAUAAAAAUGUGGAUAUUCCUUAAAAAAGUUCCAUAUUUGUUCAUUAGGAAAUUAGUGUUUCAACAAAACAGUUAAAGAUGUCUAAUGAAAGAUAUGAAAUUCCCAAAUGCCCUUCUUCAAAAUAUGUAAAAAAAAAACUAUCCAAUUAUUGAGAAGUUGAUCACAUAUUGAAUUUUGACUAUCGCCUAACAGCGAUAAAUAGUCAAAUUCAAUAUUUUUGUUUCUUUAUUAACAAUUAUGUAACCUUUUUUAAAUAUGUCAAUAUUUUUCAUGGAACAUUCAUUCAACCACCAAAGUUUUCUGCCUCCUCCGAAGCACAAAAUAAAAUACAAUGCAUAAAAUAUGGUAUCUUUUUCCGACGACCGGUGGAAAAUCUGCAUGGAAAAGCACUACAAGGAAAGAGAAAGCGAAGCAAAAUUUCAUAAAUAAAUCAUCGCGCCGGCAAAUCUGAAAAUCGGAAAAUCACAACCCACCGACCGGCAACGGAUGAGGAAUGGGGAUACGCUCUGCCAUCGCGAGCAAGCGUGGGACAACGCAGGACGGUCAAGGGGAUUGUCAGGACAACAAGAUGGAUGAUGAUACUCCCCAAGUGUCGUCGGGUUGAGGUAAUCUUGCGAAACAAAUUUGUUCCACUGUGGAGAUAACGAAUUUCUGGGAAGAUUUUCUUCCGACCCCCCGGAGAGUGCAAUCAUAAUGAGGAAUGGUAUUGAUGAAAAAGUAUAUUUUUGGAAUUUCAUUUAAUCGUAAAAAUACGCUUCAUAUACGUACUUAAACUUUGAAUCGCUAGAGGUAUUCAAUACACUACAUAAAGAGAGGACAA